UGCGCCCUUUUGGCUUCAGCUGCAGAGAAAAAGAAAAAGAAAUACUCCGCGAGAAGAGAGAAGCCCUAGUUCCUUUUGUCGUUAACUUCUAUCGAACUCUCAGGGUGCUAUGACCUCAAUUACCAAGCUUGUGGAGAAGAAACUCUAAAACUGUCUCUGUAUUAAGGAGGAGCUCCCAAACCAUGGUUUCUUCUAUUAUUUGCCCACUGCGUGGUGGUGAGGAGGCCGAAACCCCUUGCAUCAAACAAGAAUCCAACCUCCCUUUUGUCUGUAAGAAAAGAAAAAAGGUUUUGGCUGACGUUUACCAUGAUUUAACUUCUCAAACUUUCAAGGAUCAUAAUGAUGUUCAGUCUACCAUGGAGUUGACAAUUGGUUGCUCGAAUAGUGCUCAUGCUUUGUCCUCUUGCUGCAACUCCAAUGAGCUACUUGGUUCACCAUCUGAGGUUGUUAUAAGCUGCCAGUGUGCUGGGGAUAGUGGCAAUGCUUCCCCGCCUUGCGAAAUUGGUGGUACAUCAUACAAUGACAAAGGCUGCCCUACGUAUCCUUUGCCUGCACAGGUGACUGGAUGGAUGUAUGUUAAUCAACAAGGUCAGAUGUGUGGUCCAUACAUACAGGAACAGUUGUACGAGGGUUUGUCCACUGGUUUCUUGCCUGAGGAACUUCCUGUUUAUCCCAUCUUCAAUCGGACACUUGCUAAUCCAGUGCCCUUGAAGUACUUCAGUCAGUUUCCCGAUCAUGUUGCCACAGGCUUUGCAUAUUUAAACACAUCAACAUCUGACUUGAAAGGACUGGUUACUACCCCUACAGGUUAUAGCAGGGAUUCUCUUUUGAGUGGACAUGGCUUUCAGUCAAAGUCAGUUUCUUCUGAAACACACAGCUUAAACCAGCAUAUGCUCACCUCUGACUCUGUCACCCUUACUGUUCCACAUUUGCAUCAGGAAGGUGGACAACCUUGUUGGGUCUUUGAGGAUGAUGAGGGGAGGAAACAUGGACCACAUUCUCUUCUAGAUCUCUACACAUGGUUUCACUAUGGAUAUAUUAGGGAUUCAAUAAUGGUUUAUCAUUCUGAUAAUAAAUUUGAACCUUGUACUCUACAAGUUCUGUUAAGUACUCGCACAGAAGCUGUACCUAGAAAUGUCUCUGUGUCGACUGCCAGUAUGCAUCAGGUUGAAACUUUACAAGGUUUUUUUACUGAAGUUUCUGAAGAAUUAUGUUCCCAGCUUCACUCGGGGAUCAUGAAAGCAGCUCGUAGAACUGUACUGGAGGAGAUCAUUAGUCAAAUAAUUUCAGAGUCUGUUGCAAUAAAUGAAGCAGACAAAAAUCCUAGGCAUGGAACUCUUAAUCAGCAUGUCAAUGCUUGCUCUGAGGAUAGCAUGAUGUGUAUGGCUUUAAGCAAGGAUAAGACGUGUAUUCUCCCUGAGAACAGAGCAGACACUUCUAAUACUGUUCACCAGAAACCUCAUCCGGAUGAGAAUACUUUAAUGUCUUUAGCAGGCACAAAAUCUGUUGGAAGUUUUCAGAAUUUUUGUUCUGCAUAUACAGUUAUCUGCAGAAUACUUUUUGAGUCAUGCAUGCAAGUCAUGUGGAAUGCUGUCUUUUAUGACCUCAUAGCAGAUAAUUCAUCUGCAUGGAGAAAUAGAAAGCGCUGGUCUGAUCUUCGAGCUGUGGUGAAAUCAAGUAAUGUUUUGGAGUCUUCACUUGUCCUUUAUCCAGAGCCACAUACUGAAGCCUUACAUCAAGACGACUCAUCUGGUUGUGACAACGAUUGCCCCCCAGGUUUUGAGCGGGUGAUGGACAUACAAGAUGUGCAUUCAAAUUUACCUUCACAGUGUUUGCCUUCUGUUGAUGAAGUAUCAUGUAAAGGCGAUGUGUUAAUAGACAACAAAGAUUUUGAUGACAUAGGAUUAAUCCAUGAGAAUGUAUUGAAUGAUCUGCACCGGUCUGUGAAGUUAAGUUUGGAAAGUUAUUUCAUGGACCUCUUGGAUGAGGAAGUGGGGAGAAAUGCCGAUGACCCCUCAAAGGAUGUGCAAUUGAAUGAGGUUGUGGAGGAUUCUAGUUUCCAUGCUGAUGAUUGCCAUGCAAGUCAAAAUGGUUCUCCAGACACUAUUCCUAAUUCAAAGGAAUUACUUUCUAAUGGUCUUGAGGUUUUCUCUCCAUUAUCAGGACCAUUAAAAAAGAAUAUUGUUACUAGAAAUAUGUUUACUUUUUCAGAUGUAUUCUUGAGUUCAUUUCAGAAAUUGGAUGUUCAUUUAGAUGAUGAAAUUGUUGAUGAGCUGCAACCACCUGAGUCUAGAAUCUUACUUCCUGUACAAACUUCUAGCCACUUGUCCUUUAGAUAUCGUGAUUGUGUUCCAAAGAUUUUGUGGCAUAGUGUCCUGACAAUUUGUCGGCAAAAGAUACAUGAAAAUGUGCUGAGAGAAGUGAGACUGUUUAUUGAUGGUACAAUAAAAAAACAUCUUACAGCUUGGUAUUCUAUGAAGAAAUCAACCAAAUCAGGAGACUGUCAGGUUUCAAAGAUCAAGAUAGACCAAAAGAAACACAAUGAUUUUCUUGCCACAUCAAAAAAUCAUGUUGAGAACUCUUCUGAGGCAUCUUUGACCACAGAGAGAUAUACAUAUUACCGUAAGAAAAGGCUUGACAAGAGAAAGUCGGGCUCCUUAUCCCAGUGUAUGACCACCAAGGGUGCUGGUUCACAAAAACAAUGUGGUGUUGAUAAAUCAAAGAAGCAAGAUGCCUCAGGUGACGUACCAGAGAAGGCUAAGCAUGGAAUGUCUGUUUUAAAGACUAAAGAAGUUCGACUUGCAAAAUCUUGCAGUGAAUCACAUAAAAACUACUCAUCAUCCCAUGGUAGUUCUAACAAAAAGUCAGAGAAGGUUGCAGCUGUUUCAAAAGUUUGCGAAAAAAAUGCAAGUGGAAUUAAACGAAAGGCUUGUGAAAAUAAUUCAAGUGGAAUUAAACGAAAGGCUUGUGAAAAUAGUUCAAGUGGAAUUAAACGAAAGGCCUCUGUACUUGCUGAAGACACUGGUACUGCUGAUAAGCUUUCCAAUAAUUUGAACAGGGAUUUCAAAAAACAAGAAGUGCAAAUAAUAUCAAAAGUGAUACCAAAAUCAACCAAAUUAGCAAAAUUGAAAAGAAAACAACCGACUGAUGAUAUUCAGUCGAGAAAAGUUCAGAUUGUUCCGGUUGCUUCUUCCGAUCAAGCAACAGACAAGCAGGUUAUUGUGCAAAAUAAAAGCAGUGGUAAAUCCAGGAAAGCAAAACAAUGCCCCCGAUCAGAUGGGUGUGCUCGCACAUCAAUCAAUGGAUGGGAAUGGCACAAGUGGUCUCUCAGUGCUACUCCUGCUGAAAGGGCUCAUGUUAGGGGGAGUCGCUAUGCCCAUGUUCAUCCUGUCAGUCUAGAUGGAAACAGUUCUCAAUUGUCAAAUGUUAAAGGAAUUUCAGCCAGAACUAACAGGGUUAAGAUGCGUAACCUUCUUGCUGCUGCAGAGGGUGCUGAUCUUUUGAAAGCAACUCAAAUAAAGGCAAGGAAAAAGCGUUUGCGUUUUCAGCGUAGUAAGAUACAUGACUGGGGUCUUGUAGCCUUGGAGCCAAUUGAGGCUGAGGACUUUGUGAUUGAAUAUGUUGGAGAACUUAUUCGUCCCCGUAUAUCUGAUAUACGGGAACUCAAUUAUGAGAAGAUGGGAAUUGGAAGCAGUUACCUCUUUAGACUGGAUGAUGGUUAUGUGGUUGAUGCAACAAAGCGUGGGGGAGUUGCUAGAUUUAUUAAUCAUUCUUGCGAGCCUAACUGCUACACGAAGGUCAUUAGUCUUGAGGGUCAGAAAAAGAUCUUUAUUUAUGCAAAGCGGCAUAUUGCUGCUGGUGAAGAAAUUACGUACAAUUACAAAUUCCCUUUGGAGGAGAAAAAGAUCCCUUGCAACUGUGGUUCUAAGAGGUGUCGUGGUUCAUUGAACUAAGGAUUUUGGGUUAUUUGUAAACAGUGCUGGGUGACAUGAUGUGUAGUAUUUUUUGAUUCGUCAUUUUUCCAUGUAAAGGAUGAUGAAUACCUGUUGCCUUUGCAAAUGGUUGUAGAUAUCUCAGUUGCAGAUGAGUUUUCCCCUCUUAAGACCUGAAAGUCGGGUGUCCUCUUUUUUUUUUUUUUUUUUCAUUUUUGAGGCUUUUUUUUUUUUUUUUUUUUUUUUUUGGAAAUUUUGUCUUGUACAGACUUGCACACUUGCAUUAUGCCUUCAUUCUUUAGUUAUUAUAAUUAUACCAUACAAUUUUCUCAUUGUCCUAUUUCAAAAUGAAGUAGGAAUGCUAUAUAAAUUUAUUGUCAACCCUUGAAAGUUGAAACCAUAAUUAAUCCAGUCCAUUUUUGUUUGUUUCUAUUAUAUGAAGCAUUGUUUUGUUUAGUGUCACAAACAAGUUUUUGAUUCCUUCAAACUGUAGCAAACUGAUUAGGCAUCAAAUUCUUGCCUUUCUAAGUUGAGCUGGUUCAAAGGCCAAGUUGAGCCAUCAACUCAAGGUAUUUAUGUGUAUGAGAUUAUCCUCAUUUAUCUUGAUAUGAAGUAUGGGAUGGUUCUGACUUCUGAGCCUAAAUAGUAGGUGCUAUAAUAAGUGCAAUUGAUUUGGAUUCACUGAGAGGGAAGUGAUAAAAAGGCCUGGGUUAUUUAUUUUCAAAGGAAGAUUUAUAACCCCUUUUCCAUAAAUAUGUUUGCUGUAAGUCUUUCAUCUAGACAAUGAUCCAUAAUUGUUUAACAAUUGCAAAAACGCAUUUGAGUAUAACUAAUUGGUCUCGGAUGCUACCAUGUUUUGGUCUUUUGCAUUAUAUCGAAGAGAUCUUACCAAUACCAAUUAUUAUUAUCGCAGGGAGCGAUGAAGUUGUGCACAAACUUCUAGGUGGGACGUAUUUGAAGCUUUUCUGGUAUGUAUCCCUUGUUUUCUCAUUUCUUAUUUACCUUGUUUUGUGCCCUGUCAAGGAUAUCUCCUGCCACUCACUAGUCAGCUUUGGUACAUGUAUAAGGGGUUUGGAAAGGAGGCUUCUGAAUAUAAUUAAUUCCCACAAUUCUGAACACCUGAAAAGAAUUGGGGUAACAAACUUUGAAAAUUUUGAUGAUGAUGUGGUGCAUUGUAUUUGUUACUAGACCCAAAAAAAAAAAAAACUGAAAUGGGUAGUUUUGAUGGAAUCUAUAAGGAUUAAAUUUUGAUGAUGAAACAAUGUGGUGCAUUGUAUUUGUUACUAGACCCAAAAAAAAAAAAAAAAAAACUGAAAUGGGUAGUUUUGAUGGAAUCUAUAAUGAUAUUAAUCCUUUCAGGCGGAGCUUGUAUGACUAGAAUUAUCUGUAGAAAUGAAAAUAUGAAAUGCCCAUUCAUUUCGUUAAGCGGCAGAGUAUCGGCACAAGGCUUGUGAAUUGUGGGUGUUCUUUGCCGUAACAUCAAGACAUCCACACACCAAACAGAAGAUCCUUGGGAUCUUGCUGGCCCAUUUGCCUUUUUGGGGUAUUUUUAUGUCACAAAUGCAACAAAAUGCCAGUCCGAACCCAACAAAAUAUCAGUGUCUAACCGAUGCCGUUACCCUUUGUACUGACCUUAGCUCAAAUGGUAGAGUAGAGGGUUUGGGCAAGAGAUACUAAUCCUGAAAUUGCUGCUCACUCAUUUGGUCGUCGGUUCAAAUCCGGCGUCUCGGUGUCAUUGCUCACGUAAGUUAGAGAUGGCUUCCUUAUGAUCUCAACAAAUUAUAAGCCAACACACGGACUGUCUCAUUAACCAACUAAACAAAACUUAGUUUGGUCAUCUGUUCAUACAAUUGUAUUGUCUCAUGCAUUGAUAUUCGCAAUCACUCUCCAAAGGAUAUUGGUUUCGCUAGCAUGUUGGGAGUUGGGAGUUCUUCCUUCGGAUAUCGUUGCAUUGCCUAAUUUAUCUAUUUAGUGGUAUUUUGAUUUACCAUUGCGAGGUAAAAAGAUAGUGUUCAAGAUGCACUGAUGUAUCCAACCUACAAUUCUAAAUUGGAGUUGCUGACGGAUGAAUGAAUGUGUUGUCAAGUUAGGCAAAACUUGAGUCUGCUAUAACAUAUAGAUUAGGGACUAAGUUUCACCUAGAGCCAUCUUAAGUGGGGUUUACAGAGUAUUUAGUUUUUUAUUUAAGGAUUUGUAUGGAGAGGGUAUUUAACUUUUGUUUAUUUAGGUGCAUUGUAGUAAUACUAAUUUGUUUUUUGAAAUGUAUUCAUUUAUUUGUUCAUUGUAAUUGUUAUUGUAAUAUACACAAUGAAAAUAUGUGAAUUUGUACAUUAUAA